CGCAUUCUUCCUUCUCUCAGAGCCCAAGCCAAGCCACGGUGUCAGGCCUGACACGUCGGCGCAGACCAAUCCCACUCUCUGCUCACCUGAGGAUCAGUCUUUUACACGACUACAACACUUAGCCAUCAUGGCCGCCUCCUCAUCGAAGCCAGCAAGCUUCCUGCUUUACUCCUGCAUCGCCCAUCGCACAACCAUCCUUGCCGAGCAUUCCUCCCCAGGCACCUCCUCCACGGCCGCCUCCUCUCUGGCCUCCAUCAUCCUCCCCAAGAUCAGUCACGACCAACCUCAGAAGCUGACCUACACACAUGAGCGUCUCUUCGUGCACUACAUCGCCGACUCCCCCACAGGCACGAACACCACCGACGACAGCACGCGCCAAGAACCCAACUCCUACGCCCCACUCAGCUACAUCGUCGUCGCGACCGCCGAACAAGGCCGCCGCAUUCCCUUCGCUUUCCUCCUCGAAAUCAAACGCAAGUUCCUUUCGACAUACCCACCCUCCAGCACGGAUUUCUCUGCACUCCCGGCCUACGGCUGCGCCGCGUUCAACAAUGAGCUCCGCUCGCUGCUUCAAACGUACAACACGGCCCCGCCGGCAGACUCGCUGGCCUCGGCACGGCGGGAGAUCGAUAGUGUGCGCAAUAUCAUGACGGAGAACAUUGAGCGAGUGUUAGAAAGGGGAGAGAGGAUUGAUUUGCUGGUGGAUAAGACGGACCGGCUGGGUGGCAGCGCGCAUGAUUUCCGCAUCAGGAGUCGCGGGCUGAGAAGACGGAUGUGGUGGAAGAACAUCAAGCUUAUGGUGUUGCUUGCGGUUGUGGUGGUGUUCUUGGUCUAUCUGUUUGUGGGCAUGGGGUGUGGAUUGCCGGCUUGGGGGAAGUGUGUUGGGCAGAGUGAGUAGGUGGCCAUCCCCCAAUUUUUACUCGAGAAGGAAGUCGGACUGUAAGGCUCUAAGUGAUGAUGCCCGGGGAGUUCCGAUGUGUGUGUAUGUUAGUUGUUUCCUCGUCAUGGGUGGUUAUGUGGCUUCUGAUAUAGUUGACGAUAAGUGGAUUUCAGCCGACUGAGCGGGGUUGCAAACUUCGUAUGUAUGAUAUGAUGACUGCUGGUCUUUUUUUUUUUUUUUUUUUUUUUUUUUU